AUGUUCGCGCAACUCAAGCGUGAGAGUCUGCGGAAGCUACAGGCGAUGGAAGACAAGAGUCCCAAGGGGUGUAUUGAUGAACCUAUUGUCACGAUGAUCAAGACUAUUAAUGCUCAUCCGGAUUAUAUAACGAGCAGCUCCUGUUCUGGUCGCAUUGCGCUCUUUUGUGGGAAAAAUGCAGUAGCCACCGCAGCAGUAGAAGAAGAAAAUGGAACUCCAAGUGGCUCUGAUUUGAUCACAAAAGGUGGCAAAUGGUUGUUUGCUGAACAUGCUACAAUCACAUUUGAUCAAUUAGUCACGGCGCUGCGCUCUUCUGAUGCCCAUAAAAGUACCAGUAACAUGAUUCUCUUCAAACACGAGCCAUUCAUCAUGCACGUUGUGUGUCGUGAUCUCGACUCGGCAAAAGCAUUGUUGCAAUGGGGUAUUGCCAACGGGUUCCGGGAAUCAGGUGUUGUCCUUGGCAAUCGAAAAAUCAUGUGUGCCAUACGUACGUCGGCCAAUGGUUUGGAAAUCCCACUUGGACGGAGUGCAGAGCACCUGCUGAUCGAUGACGAGUACCUCCGAUGGAUCGUGGACAUCGCGAAUCAAAAGUUUGAGGUCAACAAGCAAAAGAUUGAUCGACUUUUUGAAACCUUUCGUGCCACAUUUUGCCAGCCAGCAGCGAAAUGGCAAACUGGACUUGGUUCUGGGGUCGAACUGAGCUCCUGGGCGGAGGUGAUUACCGAGAAUGGCGUGAAGCUUGUGGGGCAUUCGAGCGUGCGGUACCGAGACUCAAUUGUAGUAUUUGGUGGUCAGGGGACUACUGCUGUGGGAACAACAACACGCGUUGCCGAUGUGACUUUUUUAGUCCCUUCCAAAGACGGUUCGCUUCGGCAGACAUACCAUACGAUAGCCGGGGUUAAUGGCCCGUCAGCUAGGAUGUAUCACUCUUCUGUUGUUGUGGGAUCACGUAUGGUUGUGUUUGGUGGUCGCACUAGUCCUACAAAACCUCUGGGAGAUCUCUACACAAUGGAUCUUGAAACGAAGCAGUGGACGAAGAUUAUCGCCCAAGGAGUUGGCCCCUCUCCACGCUGGAAGCAUUGCAGCUGCGCUGUUGGUUCUGUUGUAUACGUGUACGGUGGUCGCGAUGCCGAGCAAGUUUUUGGUGACCUGUUUGCCCUAGAUCUUAGCGAAAACUCGCCACAGUGGCAUCGAACUGAGAAUUCAUCGUUCAUCAUUCCACGCCGAUUUGAUCACAUUGGUACGGUUGUCAAAUCAAAAAAGCUUGCUUUUUGGGGAGGUAUGUCAUCGUUGGAGUGCAUUGAUUCCAGCGAUAACGAUGAUACUGGCGUCUGCUUGCUCUUUGAUACUGUGGAAGAGACUUGGGAAUACAAAAGCCUUGAAGACACCCGGAACAAGAGCCAGCCUCUUGCACUUUUUGCUGCCAGUGCUUGUUCGAUCAACGAUCAUCAGGUACUUGUGGUGGGUGGCAUGACGUCUGCUUUUCUGGCGAGUGGAGAUAAGGCGACCCGAAUAAUGUACGUGCUAAACGUCCAUACUUUGCAAUGGACGGAAAUCGGCGAAGUGAAGCAUGAAAAUGCAGCUUUUGUUGGGCACACUGCGACGUGGAUGCCGACAAAUAAUUCUCUGUACGUUCUGGGCGGUGGAUUCCAGUGCUUUGGCUUUGGGCAGUUUUAUUCGGCGACGUAUCAAUGCCACCUGUCAUUGAAGACCCUGCAGACAGCCCCUGUCAUUGCCUCCAAAAGCAACCCAGUUUGCCCACUGUCUACAAGUAUGUCGGCCUCAUCGAAUGAAGCGCCGCUUGGUGUUCUUGUCAAAAAAUUGGAAGUGAAGAAAGUAAAGACAUUGCUUGAGAAGGCGCACGUUUACGACAAGUCCCGGCGUGUCCACGUAGUAAAUGGUGUGCAGCCACAUGAGGCUUCGACUGACAAAACGCAAACGACAAUGUUUUUGAUUCCUGUGACAGCCUCUAUUCGUGACCUUAUUGCUUCGACAACAGACUCCGAAGUUCAAAAGCUCGAGAUUGUACCGGACGAUGAUGCCUACAUAAACAAAUUUGGCAAGAGUAGUGGACUGAACCGCAAUGAAGUGAUUCGCAGUACGAUUUGUGCUUUUGCUAGUAAGCACCAACUCUCGAUUGAGCUCAAAAAUGCCAUUCCGGAAAAGUAUGAGUAUGUAGGUGAUGUUUUACUGGUGCCACGAGAUUCCUUCCUUGAGCAAGAAUGGGCACCGUUUGCUGACAAGAUGUGGGCGCAUGUUUGUUCAUCUACUACUCCCGCUUUCUCUCGUGUUGCACGAAAAGCCUUUAUUGAUGCAAGUGAGAAACGCCAGAGUCGUGUCGAGCUAUUGUACGUAAACAACAAGGCACUCACCACACAGCGUAGCAAAGAAGCUCCCGGUUGGGUGGAAAUUCGUGAAAAUGGUAUCAUCUACGGCUGGGACCUCACUCGUGUAAUGUUCUCGUCGGGUAAUGUCACUGAGAAGGCCCGCAUGGCAAACAUCGGAUGUCGUGGUGAGAUCAUCGUUGACCUCUUUUGUGGCAUCGGUUACUACGUGCUCCCCUUCCUCGUGCAUGGUGGGGCUGCGUUCGUUCACGCUUGCGAGUGGAAUCCCGACUCGGUUGCAGCACUACGCUUUAACUUGGAGCGCAACCACGUUGCAGAUAGAUGCAAGGUCUAUCUCGGUGACAACCGCGUAUCUGUUCCUACAAUCGGUGCAGUCGCUGACCGUGUCAAUUUGGGUCUAUUACCCACAAGUAAGAAGGCGUGGCCACUCGCCGUACAAGUGCUAAAACCAAAUGGUGGGUGGUUCCAUGUGCAUGAUAACGUAGCAAUUGAGGAUCAAAAAGCUUGGAAAGAGCGCGUAUUGGACUCAAUGCGUCAGCUUGCACAGCAGAAUGGAAAAGACUGGAUUAUUACGUGCGAUCACGUCGAGAAGGUAAAGUCGUACGCCCCAAAAGUCUAUCAUUUUGUCGCUGAUAUUCACUGCAUAGCAAGAAAUUCUACCUCUGACGUGAAGUAG